CACGCAUGCCCGGUGCUAAACCAAAGUCACAUCUGAUGAUAGGCUAAGCUAGAAACUAUCCGGUUGCAAUUGACUGGCAACGGCAGCCGGAGAACUAAAAGCGGCUUCCCACGGGAUCUGACAGCAACUGCGCACCACUGCGCACUGACUAUAGUAUGGAGCAGCUAUGUUGUCCAGAAAAGGACUCAUUCCCGAGGAUUAUUUGUUGACGAGGCUUGCGGAAGACGUACAACAGCCCAAAUUCAAAACGAAACAGCGGAAAACGCGCUUCGUCGACAAGAACGGAACAUGCAACGUUGCGCACACGAACAUACGCGAACAGGGACGAUUUCUGCUGGACGUUUUCACCACGCUUGUGGAUUUGAAAUGGCUUCACACUUUAGUGAUAUUCACGAUGUCCUUCCUAUGCAGUUGGCUUUUGUUCGGGAUGAUCUGGUGGCUCAUCGCCUUUGCGCACGGGGACAUGGACGCGAAACAUGAGAACUUCGUCCCGUGCGUCACCGACAUCCACUCGUUCUCCUCGGCCUUUCUCUUCUCCAUUGAAGUUCAAGUGACCAUCGGAUUCGGAGGUCGGAUGAUCACGGAGGAGUGCGUAUCAGCCAUCAUCGUUUUGAUCAUCCAAAACAUAGUUGGUUUGGUGAUCAAUGCCGUCAUGCUGGGAUGCAUCUUUAUGAAAACGGCGCAAGCCCGACGGCGCGCAGAAACGCUCAUCUUUAGCAAGCACGCUGUCAUAGCGAUCCGAAAUAACAAACUGUGCUUCAUGUUUCGCCUCGGUGACCUGAGGAAGAGUAUGAUUAUAAGCGCGGCCGUCCACGUGCAGGUGGUGAGGAAGACCGUCUCCAGUGAAGGCGAACUGGUGCCGCUGGAUCAGAUAGACAUCCAGAUGGACAACCCUUUGGGCACCAACAGCAUCUUUCUGGUGUCCCCUCUUAUCAUCAGUCAUGUCAUUGAUAAAAACAGCCCUAUGUAUGACCUGUCCGCUGAUAAUCUGCAGCAUGAAGACAUCGAGGUGGUCGUCGUACUGGAAGGGGUCGUGGAGACCACUGGUAUCACCACCCAAGCGCGGACCUCUUACGUGUCCGAGGAGAUCUUUUGGGGUCACAGGUUUGUGCCUACGGUGUCGGAAGAGGAUGGGACGUAUGCUGUGGAUUAUUCAAAGUUUGGAAACACGAUUAAAGUGCCCACGCCGAGCUGCAGCGCACGCACGCUGGAUGAGGAAGGAGGGAUGGAGAGGUUCAUGCCGCGCGAGUACAACAGCUUUGGUGCAGCCGUCAGAAGACGACAAACUAUCAAAGCGCCAAAUAAUUAAUGCAUUUACACAAAAAGUAUUUGUAGGUUUAUUAAACCUAAGAACCCUAAUCAGGCCUAUGCAUUUUCAUGUGAGGACAUUCAAAAUAUUUUUGUAUAUAUCCAUAUAAAUUUGCACGUUUGCUUAAGCCUCUCAGGGUAUUACUAUGCACAUGGUUUGGAGCAUGACGUUUAUAUGGCCUUGUUUUACGCUUGCCCUAUAAUAUAAAUAAACCAAAUUAUUUGUAUUUUA